AUACCUCUCAACAGUCGUUCUCAAACCUUCGUAUUGAGUUCGUACCGGCGAAUUGGAUUCCGUGAAUCUCGGGAACCAAAUCCCGAACCACCAAAAGCUCGCAAAAAGAACCACAUCGACUUUCAUUUCGCUUUUUCAGGAAGAGAUAGCAAUCACAAAUUGUUCCAAUUGCGACCUAACUUCAAAAUGUCGAUUCCCAAACUCAAGGUGGGAGUCAUCGGACUUGGUCGGAUGGGAAAACGACAUGCGAUCAAUCUUCUCCACAAAGUGCCUCGAGCAGAGCUAAUCUGUGCAUGCACUCCUCUGGAAGUCGAUAUUGCUUGGGCAAAUGAAAACCUGGUACCUCAUGGUGUUCAAGUCGUCUCUACAUUCGAAGAGAUGGUUGAAGUACCUGGUUUGGAAGCUGUCAUCAUUGCUUCUGCCACGCCGUUUCACGCUGCGCAAACAAGCAUUUGUCUGGAAAGAGGCAUCCAUGUCUUGUGUGAGAAGCCCAUUUGCAAGACGAUAGAGGAGCUGGAGAGGCUGGUCUCACAAGCUCAGAUGUGUCCCAAAGCGACCUUGAUGGUUGCAUUCGUGCGCAGAUUUGACGCGAACUACCAAGACGCGAGAAAGAGGAUUGAACAAGACGCAAUUGGAAGACCACUGAUAAUUCGAUCACAAGGAUGUGAACCUCUCGACAUGAGUCCGUUCUACCAACAGUACCUGGCAGACUCCGGCGGCAUCUUUAUCGACACCAUCAUCCAUGAUAUAGAUCUCUCGUUGUUCUUCUUCGGCGAAGAUUCAAUACCAAAGUCUGUGUCCGCCAUGGGUACUUCCGCUCAUCACCAACAGCUUGAAGCCAUCGGCGACGCGGAUAAUGCUGUUGGAAUUUGCGAGUAUUGGGACGACAAGAUCGCAUUUUUUUACAACUCGCGAACUAGUGCCCAUGGAUAUGACAACGCAACAGAGAUCUUUGGUACAGCCGGCAAGCUGUCGAUCAAUCUUCAACCAAGGAUAAACUCCGUCGAAAUUUGCGACAAAGAUGGGUUUGUCAAGACACCCGUUCAUCCUGGCUGGUAUGAUCGGUAUGCCGAAGCUUUCGUGACUGAGGCCACAGCCUGGGUAGAUGCUGUACUUGACGAAGCACCAAUGCCUCAUCCCUUGGUUUCCACGCUGAAAUCACUCGGUAUUGCGAUGGCUCUUCAGGAGAGUCUGAGGACGGGCCAGAAAGUUUUCUUUGAUCAAAGCGGUGUGCGUGUUUCCGAGAGCCAGUCUCUUUAGUAGAUGAACAGUAGCAGAACACACUUUGUUAAUUUGUCAAAAUCACCUGAG